AUGAAGGACAUUGCAUUUUUCUUCCUGCCUGCGGGCAUCGGGCUGUCAUGCCUGCUGCUGAGUGGCGUGGCCCUCUUCCAGCGUAUGGCAAUAUCCAUCCAGAAAAGGAGCGUCAAUUUCCAGAUCUACAAAUACCAUGUGAACGUAUCAGUGUCAUCCCUAAUUUCGUUCUAUGCGUUGCUACGCUUGGCCUUUACCAUCUUGGAGCUGAAAAACCACAACGAUGAGAAGCACAGUUUGGACCCUUCGCUCCAUGUCCCCAGCAUGCACAGAGCGUACCUCAAAAAGAUGCGACUGCAGAGGAACUUCUGGAUCCUGCUACUCUGCUCAAUUGCAUGGGUAUUCUACAUUCGCUUCACCUAUUUAAUUUUGUAUUAUCGGGAGAAGGUUAAGAAGAGCGAUGAGGAAUAUGAAGCCGUCAUGGUGCUGAAGGGCACGCUGAACAAGUGCACUCAGAAGGUGGCACAGAGACAGGGGGACAUAGUAAAGCACAGCGACAGUUUUGGGGGGGAACACCUAAUGUCAUCCAGUGAUGUCACCACUGACGGGAACGCUGACACACCGGAGAAAUCAUCCGUGCUGGAGGACGGCCAGCGGAAGAACCCUGGCAUAAGGCAGCGUCGCUAA